AUGCCAGCUCUUACUCCUGAGCAAGUUGCCUUCUACAAAGCGCAUUCUGGCGAUGAUUUGCGACCUAAUGAGACCGCCUCUCUCGUAUGUGGGCUCCUAGCGGCCAUCGUCGCCAUCGGCGCUCGUAUCACGGCUCGGCGCAUCUCGAGGGUCCAACUUGGCCCAGAAGAUUGGACCAUAUUCGCAGCGAUGGUUCGAGAUUUGCACUUGCUGAGGCGUGAAGCAUUCGAGAUAUUGACUUUUCUGCAGUUGGGCGAAAUUACAUACGGCGUUAUAUUCGCAAAAGCAAUAAAUAAUGGCCAAGGGAGACACAUCAUUUUCAUCAAGGACCUAGUGUCAUUCAGCAAGGUGGGAUGGCCUCCAGAACGUUUUGAGUUCGUUGUGAUGUAUAAUCUGGCUGUCAUUCUUAUCGCCGGUCUUCAGUGUAUUCCACUGUCAGAUCUCUGGACGGGUGGCUUGUCGUGUAUAAACACAGAGCCCCCCUUCACCGGACUAGCUAUCGUCAAUAUAUUCACUGAUUUGGCCAUACUAACUUUGCCUGUGAAGCCUGUUCUCAACCUUCACAUGCCAAAGGCUCAAAAAGUGCAGGUCCUGGGGAUAUUCUUACUGGGAGGCGUGGUUUGCGUCUUUGGUAUUAUUCGCGCCGUAGCAAUGACGCGACUGAGUCUCGUCGAUCCCACUUGGACGGCGGUUGGUGCGGCUAUAUGGUCAUUUGUCGAAAUAUCCGUCGGCAUCGUUGCAGCAUGUUUGCCUUUGUUAGGGCCCCUCAUCAGAACGAAAAGCACUGCGAGUCCGAACUGGUCCGGCAAUGAUGGGCAGGCGCCAUCAGUGGAGUAUAGCGCGGCACGACCAAACAAGACCAAUUAUGUAAGGCAGGACGAGAUACCACUGGUAACUUUGGCAGGACAUGACCGGUCGUCUCUUAUCCAGGGCGGUGUUCCCGUAUUGCCGUGGUCAUCAAAACAGAGCACAAAUCAGAUCUUGGUCCGGAACGACAUACAACAUACUGUAACGUUGGCAUAA